AUGAAACGUUCAACAAGAGUCUUAGCUGUUAGAGCUAAGAAAAAACCAAAUGGGCACCAAUAUUAUUCACAAUCCCAAACUAUUCAAACAAAGCCUUUUAGCUCCACUGAUCCCAGAGUGAAGAAGUCAGACAUAGCGUUGAAUCAAUCAGAUCCGACGACGAAUAAACUACAGUCUCAGAGAUCUUCAUCUUUAACUCAUUUCGACUCGUUCUAUACAACAAGUCAUUCAAAAGCUUCAUUUUCAUCUCGUAUUGAACCAUUCUCAACAUCAAAGUCAUUAGGUGUCACUCCUAACAUAUCUUUGUUCAACAAAAAAGAGGUGGAACUUGGAAACCGAGAUCGUUAUGACCAUUAUCGUCGACAUCGCCGCCAUCAUCCACAUCCUUUGGACGCAGUUUUUUCGUGUUGUUCGCCAUGUUGUUGCUUAGCAUCCAGUCUACUCCUGGCGUUGGUUCUUGUCAGUAUCGCUACACUGGUCGGACUAUUGAUCAUAAAUACAUUGAGCACAACAGCAAAAACAACAUCGACAUCAACAGCAUUCACAACUAGCACCGUAACUGUAGGAACGACACUAACUAGUACCAGCACCAGCACCAGCAGCAGCGUCAGUACAACAACUAGCACCGUAACUAUAACAACUACAGAUACGACUACUGUCACAAUGACUACAGAAACAACAACACAGACGACAAGCAGUACAACUACUACAGGUAUUGUUAGUAUAUCUUCAACGCGAGGUAACUAUUAUGCUCGUGACGCCAUCGUUAUCAGUUGUUCAACUCCUUGGACGAACCUUACUAUUGAAAUCAUCGUACCGAAAACUGUUGGUGCAACAUUCAAUGGCCAAUCCAAUUCAUUUUCAACUGGACAAGUCACCCAGUCUUAUGUUGACACUGGCACAGAAAUAAUUUAUACGUGGAAAAUCGUCAGUGGACAAACAAUUAGUUGUGCCAAUCCAACAUAUAAUGUCGCCGCACAAUAUAACUUGUCUGGAACACCUCAGCCUAACAAUGUUGAUAGCUAUACAAUAACUUUAACAACUAGCACUGGAGUGACUACUGUACAAUCUGGAUAUUUUUAA